AUUUUAGGUGCACUCGUUGUAUCAAGCGCUACUGUGCGCAAUGAAUAUUUUAUCGAAGGUAGACAGUAGCUUAUCAUGUUUUACAAACCCUGACGUAACGAUUAACUGCUUGUUGCAAAUUAUUUUAAUAAUGGUGUCCUCAACAGAGAUUUUUGCCAGAAAUGUACUUUGCAGCAGACCAUGCGAUAACAAAAUGACACGUGCGGAAUUAUAUACACAAAAUUAUCUUUAAAUACAUGCGCUGAGUAAUAGUAAGAAAUAUAUCCUAAUAUUCUUACUCAUCGCACUUCAGCAUUUAGAUCAGUCAUAAGUUACUAUUUCAUCCUAGUAUAAGUAACUUGUAAUUGGAUAGUCUUCGUGCAGAUGACCCAAUAAGAUUUUCUCACUUGGGUGUCAUAAAUUCGCUCCUAAACGAGCUCAGAAAAUAAUCCUAUUACCUCCCUAAUUUCGAAAUUUGUGAGAAGCAGUUUAAAUGAUACGAUUUUUGUUCAUAAACACGUCUUUGGUGUUCAUAUAACUCCACUGCCUCAUCACUUCUGUACGAAUUCCGAACCAACCGAUGAUAAACAGCAAGUCGUAAGGGACACCUACAAAAAUAUUCGUGAAAAUUACAAAGGCAAACCGUACAAACAAGCUGAUUUAGCAACAAGUAUAGAGUAUUUAAAUUCUGAUGCAUCAUGGAAAAUUGGUAAGCGCAAAUGCAUGCCCUAUUUGUCGUGACGAAUAUUUGGUAUUACAUCAUCGUCAUAUUGAACUAUUGAAACAAUUUAUUAAUCCAGAUAAUUUAGAAAUCUUUCCAAUGUCUAAAACUGGUAUAUGCCAACAUCAGUAUAAAAUUUUAGUAAAUGAAGUUGAAAAAGCCCGUGAUUUAGGUUUAAUUCAAAUAUGGUUACCUUUCUACUUGUAUAAUUACAAUGAUUAUUAUGAUUAUUUACCAACAAAUCAAUUGAAUGAAUUACUUCAAAUUAAUCAUAGUCAAUCUAUGCAUCAAAAUAUUGAUUUAUCAUCAUCUAGUGAUAUUUUGUCUUUACCAUCCGAUAUACAAGAGAUUUUAAAAGCAAAUCAAUCAAUACCACAUACAGUGGAAUUCAAUGUUCAAUUGCCAAAAAUUGAUUUACGUCUCCUGCAUAUUAAGUGCAUUUCUAAAGAAGGAAGUUCAUAUCAACGAGGAAGGCAUUUGUGGACAUCAGUUAAUGAAGGUCAUGGAUCAUUGCAUUACAUAGCUCCACAAACACGUCUACGUGUAGUUGACAAUAGUCCAUGGAGUAGUAUUGCACCUGCAGUUCGUACAAAUACUGGAAAAGAUCAAUCAGGCAAGAAAGUUUCUAACACUGACCAGAAACUAUCAGAACCUGUUAAAGAUAUGAAAGAUGUGACCAGUUUACUGUCACUUGGUUCAAAAGCACUAUCAAUUAAACCGGCAAAAUGUAUUCGUGUUUAUAAUAAACAAAAUAAAGGAAAAAUAGGUGAUAAAGUAUUGGUUGCUGUUAAUGGUGAAAUGAAAAAAGGUUGGAUUGUUGGUUCACGUUUAUCAUCUUGGAAUGGUUGGCCACGUUUUGAAUCAAAUAAUGUUGUACUUGUGGAUAAUGAUGGCAAUCCAUUAGGUACACGAAUACUUGUCCCAAUACCUGCACGUUUACGAAGUUUGUCAGGUGAUAUAACUAAAAUUUUAUCAAUUGCUAGUUCAUUUGUAUAAGAAAAAUAAUAAAAUAAAAUAAAUAAAUAUAAAUAUAUACGUA